GAAUUAUUUUCCCUUAAUAAAUGAAGUUCAUGAGAGGUAUUAUUUGGGGAAAAAGGAAAAAGAAAAUCAAAAAAUGACCAAUUCCUGAGUUUGACAAACAAGGCCAAAAAAAACGUUUUAAUACCAAACCCAACAGCCAAAACCUCUUCUAAUUUCAUUCAAACCCAAAAUUUCCAAUUCCGUUCGAACAUUCCUUCUCUCAAGCAAUUUCAACUUCUGUUCAUUUCCCAUUCUCCUUUUCAAUCAAACUCUUCUAUGGAAUCCAUCAAUUUCAUAAAAGGCUAUGGCAAAGUGAGCAAUCCGUCGGAGUUCCAGCAGCAACCUCCAUCAAAGCGACGUCGUACCAUCGUAGCCGCUUCCAUCCUCAUCAGCUUAACCUUCAUAAUCGCGGCGUUGAUCGGAACAUUAAUCCACCACUCCGUCACCGAAGAAGCGGCGGAAGAACCAGAGCACCGCCUCCAAUCCGAUCCCACCGACUCGCUCAAAAUCGUCUGCGCUGUCACCGAGCACCUCGAUUCCUGCAUCAAUUCAAUCUCCUCCCUCAACGACCCGCCCAAAUCCGACCCGGUCCACUUCUUCAACCUCUCCCUCCAGGUAACCCUCCGGGAGCUCACCAACCUCUCUUCCCUGCCGAAGACUCUGAUCUCGAAGUCCAACGACGCCAGGGGCGACGGCGCGUUGAAGGACUGCGCCGCCCUGUUUGACGACGCGCUGAGCCAGGUGACCCAGUCGGCGGAGUUGAUGAAGGCGGGGAAACGGGCGGGGGAGGAGAAGCUGUUGACGGAGAUGAAGAUCAGUGAUAUGCUGACGUGGAUCAGCGCGGCGAUGACGGAUCAGGACACGUGUCUUGACGGGCUUGAUGAGAUGGGAUCAACGGCUGUGGUUGAAGUCAGAGCGAGGGUGCAGAAAUCUACCGAGUACAUGAGCAACAACUUGGCCAUUCUCAAUAACUUGGGAAAUCUUCUUGGUAAAUUUGGGCUUCAGAUGCCUUGAUGGGAGCCCCCGCAUUUGUUUUCUCGUCAUCUUGAAUUAUUCAGACAAAAGAAAGGGGUAAAUUGUUGUAAUUUAUUUUUUUUUUUAAUCUUUUUUGGGGUUGGACAAUUAUGUUUUCAUUUAUUGAUUCCGCGUGGAAAUGGCCACUCAUUGUAUCAUUAUUUUUUUGGUUAUGUCAUACUAUGUUCUUUUUUUGAUAAAACGGAAAAUUUCAUUAGCAACGAAAAGUAUUACAAGACUGUUACAUAGUAGGCACGUCUAUGACUUGCUCUACUUCAUUUCUAGCUACUUUGAUAAUAGUACAUUGACAAAAUCUUUGCUUAAGUGAAAUUAAUUCAGAAACUAGAACUUGUGCUUCAACAGGAAAAUCAAACUCACGUACCUUUGAUUCUCUAAAGAGUUGCAGUCGGUAUAAACUAUAAUUGUUGUCAAUCCCCGAUGUCAUGCCUCUUCCAUUGUUAAUUUACAAGCAAAAACCUCUGCUGGUACUGCUGAUAAAGUCGAUAUAGUUUGUGCCUUAAUUUGUAGGACUGUUCCCUCAGUGAAAUAUAUCUUCCAUGCACACCGGCUUUGGUCGUAGUAUUCUUAAAAGAACCAUCACAUAAAAUGGCUGCUUCAUGCUGUUGUAUCGCGCCUCUGGCAUGUGAACCCUCCUCAAGUGAAAAAGUCCGUUGGAUUGAGCUGCUAAACAACUUUGCAGUAUAAAAUCCUCCCAAACUAGUAUCCAAGUAGCAUAUGAGUCUCUAAUCUUGUCCUGCCAUACAACAUGAUUUCGUGCAAUUCAUAUGUGCCAAAUAACUUGAACAAACAAACUAACUUCAGCAUUUGAUGGAGUUUUGCAAAGCUAACUUUGAAAUCAAGUUUGGAAAUUUCGGGGAGAACCCUGAUUGAAGUUGAAC